AUGGAGAAGGACGUUUCCACCACCCACCAAGACCACGAGUUCCCCUCCCAGCUGGCGUCAGACGUGGAGUCUAUCUCGUCGGAUGACUCGUUCACCACUCAGCUCGACCAGAUUGGCCGACUCAACCUCCUAAACUCCCUUUCCUUCUCAUCCUAUUUGCCCAACUUGGCGCUAGAAUUGCCAUCUUUUGACUACAAACGAAUUCCCGACCUCAGUGACACCCGCAAGUUUAUCCGCAGCUACACCUCUGCCUUCUCGAGCGAUGGGAACCCACAUCGACAUAUCAGCUCCAUCCGAACAAUUAUCUCUUCUCGUCUCCAAAUGACAAACAUCCUCAACGACUUGAACUUGGGGAUUUCGUUGGCAUCAGCCAUCGACCGGCUUCAGCCGCUAAAGGACGUGAUCCGCGAAGCCGUUAUGUUACCGGUGGAUGACGACUACGUUCCCGCGGGGCCUGAGGCCGAAGUGGUGACAGAACCGACAGGAAUCGCUGAUAUUGUCAGCGAGCAGGACAAAACGCCGUUUUUGAACGAGUUGGUGAUCCCCGAAGAGGAUCUUCGUGAGCACCAGCGGCACCACCAGCGGUACCAUCAGGGGAGUAAGCGGCGGAAGCGGGCUCGCCAGGUGCGGUCAGCAGAGUCCAGCCGUGUCAGUAGUGAACUUGAUAUCGAAGGCUUGAGUCUCGAGGAAACCCGGGAGUUAACCAACUUGGACUCGUUGGACGACCUUUACAAAGAGCGGGUGUUGCGUAAUAAGAUCCAGAAGAUUCAACGAUUGGAUGCCAUCAGCCAGGUGCUGAAGAACAAGUUGGUGACCCGACUCAUGAUGGGAAACUACUACAAAUAUGUGAAUGAACGGUUAUCGAAGGACGACCAGAUCCUGGAUUUGAGCCAGUUGAAGUUGCCUUCUGACAAUGAGGACGAAGAGGACGAUUACGGCGAGGAUGAGGAUGAGACGGACAGCUGCUUGGAGCUGGCACCAUUACCCCACGACGAGAUCGAGGUGUCGGAAGAAGAUGAGGUGAUGCUCACCGAGAAGGACAAGCUCCCGUCGUACCACGACGCCCACCACCAGGUGUUGGGAUGUCCUCACUACCAGCGCAACUGUAAGAUCGAGUGCCCCACCUGCUUGAAGUGGUUUCCAUGUCGAUUCUGCCAUGAUCAGGUAUCGGAUCAUAAGCUUGUACGAAGCGACGUGCGCCAUAUCUUGUGCAUGUUCUGUACCACUCCACAAGAACCCAAUGAGCAGUAUUGUAUCGAAUGCGAGAAGGAGCUUGCCAAUUACGUAUGCUUCAAGUGCAAGCUUUAUGAUAACGACUACAAAAAAGACAUCUAUCACUGUGACAAAUGUGGCAUUUGUCGGCUUGGGCUUGGACUUGGUAAAGACUACUUCCACUGUGAUACUUGCAACAUCUGCCUUUCAAUAGACUUGAAACACAGCCACAAAUGUCUAAAUGAUACCACCCACUGUGACUGUCCCAUUUGCAGUGAGUAUCUCUUCACGUCGGUUACAAAAGUGGUGUUUAUGAAGUGUGGGCAUCUGAUCCACGACUUGUGCUACAAAGAACUCACCCAGCACUCGUACAAGUGUCCCAUUUGUAAGAAGACAGUGGUGAACAUGGAUACUCAGUUCCGGAUCCUCGACCAGGAGAUUCUCCAACAGCCGUUGCCGUUGCCAUAUAAGCUCUGGAGGUGUAUCGUCAGUUGCAACGACUGUAAAGGCAAGUGUAACGUUGCCUACCACUUGUUGGGCCUCAAGUGCAAGUACUGCAACAGCUAUAAUACCACCCAACUCAAGCUCAUCAAACCAGAGGAAGAAACAGAGGAUGAGGUGCCAGGUAAUGAUAGUGUGGACCGGAUGAAGUUGGUGCAAACGAGUCUUCUGGACAACUUUUUGAUCGGUAAUGAUGUGGACCAUGACGGUGAGGGUCAUAACCGAAGCUUGACGGAGGGUGAGCUGGAGUUGGCAGAUGUGAGUGAUGAGGAUGAUAAAGCCCACGAGCAGAAUUUGGUGAACAUCAAGAGAUUCACCCACCGGCUCCUCAAUCGAUCUGGAGAUAAUGAGAUGUCUUAUGUGACGUCUCUCUUCCAGCGGUACAUCAACCAGACCUUGAAGAGUGAUGGUGAGACAGACACAAGUAAAGAGAUGCCUAGGGCAUGAAGAGUGAUGCUCAGGGCAUUAGAGUGAUGCCUAGACCUUAAUAACGAUGGUGAGACAGACACCAGUAAAUACUGCCGAGGGAAGAAACACUGUCCUUCUGUUAUGACAUAUAUAAUUCAUUAGCAUCUAUAUACCUUUGUGGUUAAUACACUCCGAAUUUUCAUGCGGUUGCAAUUUCCUCUCAAGAUUGAAUGGAGGUCAUCCGGGAAGUUGCAAAUAAGUAUGGACCUCUUAAUAUUACAAUUACUAGAAGGAACAUGACCCCUAUUAUCAGGGUACCUGGUUGUACUUUUAUUUUAGCACCUGGUUCUACGUCUCACUUUGUAGAGCGACAUUAUUAGAUAGGCGUGGAGGGCACGGGUCAGAUGACUGUGGAUGUACGGAUCAGAAAUCUGGAGAGUUCUGUGGGUGUACGGGCUAGACACUUUUGUGAGUGAUCAUAUUUCUCAGGGUGUACGGGUCAGACUUACACCAGUGCCGUUACACCCAAAACCCAUCAAUUCCAUAUUACCCAAGUUGCCAAAAUUGGCAACACCCAACUCCGCUUUGUUGGGUCAUUUCGCAAUCGAUGGGCCACGACAAUGUCGCGCGGGUCCAAUUAAAAUCACCGCCCAUGCUACCUGUUUUCUAGCUUUUGAUACACCUGCCAAUUAAUUUAUAUCCAUUCCA